GUCAACACAGGAAGUAAGGAUGGCGACCGCCUACGAAAGGUUCAAUUUGCACGCGACUGUAGACAAGUUCUACAUCGAGGCCUGUGACGAUGGCGCCACUGAUGUCCUUGUCAUCGAUCGCAUUUCCACAGAGAUGACGCUCACAGGAACUCAUGACAUCCCUCCAUCUGGCAUCACUCGGCCCAUCUGUGGCAUCAUGGGAACCAUACGACUGGUGGCUGGUAUGUACCUGAUUGUCAUCACCCGUAAGAAGAAGAUGGGGGAGCUGGCAGGCCACACGGUGUGGAAGGCCACUGAGUUUGACAUCAUCCCCUACAAGAAGACCAUGAUGCACCUACUAGAGCCACAGCUUCAGGAUAACCAGGCGUUCCUCAACAUGAUCAACAGUGUGCUGAACACCGAUGGCUUCUUCUUCUGCACCGACUACGACCUCACACACACCCAGCAGAGACUGGCCAACACCAGCCCCGACUUCCAGGAGAUGAGCCUGCUCGAACGAGCAGAUCAGAGGUUUGUUUGGAACGGAAACCUUCUACGAGACAUCAUUGGUCAGCCUGAACUCCACAAAUUUGCCUUCCCCGUCAUUCACGGCUUCGUGGUGAUGAAGCCCUGCAGUAUCAAUGGGAAGAUCUUUGAAUGGAUCCUCAUCUCCAGGCGAAGCUGCUUUAGGGCCGGAGUACGCUACUACGUCAGAGGCAUUGACUCUGAGGGCCACGCUGCAAACUUUGUGGAGACAGAGCAGAUUGUGCAGUACCAAGGCGGCCGCUCCUCCUUUGUCCAGACUCGGGGUUCAAUGCCGUUUUUCUGGUCCCAGCGGCCCAACCUGAAGUACAAGCCUAAACCCCUGAUCAGCAGCAGCACCAAUCACAUGGACGGCUUCAAGAGGCAUUUUGAGUCUCAAGUGCUGAUCUAUGGAAAGCAGGUCAUCCUCAAUCUGGUAAAUCAGAAGGGCUCAGAGAAACCUCUGGAGGAGGCCUUUGCCAAGAUGGUGGACAACAUGGGCAACAGCCUGCUCAAGUAUAUUGCCUUUGACUUCCACAAGGAGUGCAGUAAGAUGCGCUGGCAUCGGCUUCAAAUCCUGGUGGAUGCUGUAGCUGAAAACCAAGAUGACUAUGCGUAUUUCUGGGUGGACUCUGAUGGCAAGGUUGCGUCCCAGCAGACCGGUACCUUCCGCAGUAACUGCAUGGACUGUCUGGACCGCACCAACGUCAUCCAGAGCCUACUGGCCCGACGCUCACUACAGAACCAGCUGCAGAGAAUGGGUGUUCUUCAUGUUGGACAGAAGGUUGAGGAGCAGGCAGACUUUGAGAAGAUCUACAAAAACGCCUGGGCUGACAAUGCUGAUGCCUGUGCUAAACAGUAUGCAGGCACUGGGGCCCUCAAGACCGACUUCACCAGGACGGGGAAGAGAUCUCAGUGGGGCCUGGUGAUGGACGGCUGGAACUCCAUGAUCCGCUACUACAAGAACAACUUCUCAGAUGGAUACAGACAGGAUUCCAUCGACCUGUUCCUGGGCAACUACACAGUGGAUGACUCCGAGGGACCAACACCCUUACAAGUGCAAAAGGACUGGAAGUUCAUGAUGCUGCCUCUGGUCCUGUUGGUGGCCUUCUCCAUGUGUAUCCUCUGCCUCCUUAUGGCCGGUGACACCUGGACCGAGACGUUGGCCUACGUGAUGUUCUGGGGCAUGGCCAGUGCGGUGACCACUGCAGUCAUCGUCUUCAACGGGAGGGACUUUGUGGACGCCCCCAAACUGGUCCAGAAAGAGAAGCUGGACUGAGACAGUGUGUGUCGCUGUUUGUUUGUUUGUGUGCGUGUGUGUGUGUGUGUGUGUCUUUGCGUGUGUGUUUGGGUGUGUAAAACGGUUGUACUCUGCAGUUUGUAUUUCUUCUCUUCUCAACUGGACUUGCUGCCUCUCCCUUUCUGCUGGAUGCAACACCUCCAAAUGUCUUUUUUUUCUGGUUUUCUUUUGUUUUUUUCCCAUAAUUCUCUGUGAUGAACACUACACCUUACUUCCUUCUCCAAGCCUCAUCUGAAGUUCCAAUAACCCUGUUUGUCCUUUUUCCAGUCAGCAGUGUUCCCUCUGCACUUGUACCAAUGUUGAAUAAUGGUUCAGAAAUGCCCUCAGCCUCAGCUCACAGUUGUGGUCACCUUAAUGCAUGGUCACCUCGGAUGGAAUUCAUGCCUGAAGUUGAAAAUGUUGUUUCCAUACAGAGGUGAAAGGCGGUGUGAGGGUCAAAUUGAUUCCCUCCAUAAACCAGAUGUGGUUUAUUUAACCCCUUAAAACACUACUCCUGUUAUUGAAUCAGCUGUUACCAGAAUGGCAAUGAUCAAGUCGUAAUGUAUUACUAAAGGUGCACUAAACUGUGUACUGUCAUAAUGGUGUAGUACUAUGGUAGUUACAUUUUUUUUCAGUUGCUAUUACAACAUCCCAGUCGGGGGACAGUGUCUGGUAAGGGGCUACGAUUGGCUAUGCCUUCAGGCUUUCAUCUGAUUGAUUCUUGCCUGUCUAAGCGGGUAUAUGUAGAUCUCCUCGUGAUGAUUUUAAAAAUAUAUAUUUUCAGGGCGCUUCCGAUAUCAUGGCAUUUUGGUUUUGCACUUUCUCCUGUGGGGCAUCAGUACAAUAAAAAGGAUAGGUUUCAUGAUAGGUGAAAUAGACUAUGUUUACAGUUCCGUACUGUCUGCCAUUGAAUGUAAGUAGCUGUACUGGAAUAUACACUAAACUUAUUUAACUAAUAAAGUUUAAAUCCUGUUAAUAAUCAUAAUAAAACUAUGGCAAGUGAAAUCUGA